UUCCUCUUCAGCGAACACACACACUUCCUCCACUACAGCAACACUUUGCUUGACUGCUUUGACGCUCUCGGACAGAUUGUAGGCUAUAUGUUCAUACAAAACCUGCCAUUAAAGAAAGUAUGUUUGGUGUCUGAGAGAGUGAAGGGGUCAGAAUGCAGAGCAUCAAGUGUGUGGUGGUAGGAGACGGUGCAGUAGGGAAGACCUGCCUACUCAUCUCCUACACCACCAACGCCUUCCCCAAGGAGUACAUCCCCACUGUGUUUGACAACUACAGCGCCCAAGUGACUGUGGACAGCAGGACUAUUAGCCUCAACCUGUGGGACACAGCAGGCCAGGAGGAGUACGACCGCCUGCGCACCCUCUCCUACCCCCAGACCAACGUGUUUGUCAUCUGCUUCUCUGUUGCCAGCCCCCCCUCCUUUGAGAACGUCAAGCACAAGUGGCACCCGGAGGUCACCCACCACUGUCCCAAUACGCCCAUUCUACUGGUGGGCACCAAGAAGGACCUGCGUAAUGACCCGGAGGUGUUGAAGAAGCUUAAGGAUCAGAACCAGACAACCAUCACCCAACAGCAGGGCACCGCCCUGGCCAGGCAGAUCCAAGCCAUCAAGUACCUUGAAUGCUCUGCCCUCAACCAAGACGGAAUCAAAGAGGUGUUCGCUGAGGGUGUGCGAGCCUUUCUCAACCCACAACCUGUCGCCACCAAGAAACCCUGUGUGCUAUUGUAAAGGCAGUAGGAAACCCUGUGUGCUAUUGUAAAGGCAGUAGGAAACCCUGUGUGCUAUUGUAAAGGCAGUAGGAAACCCUGUGUGCUAUUGUAAAGGCAGUAGGAAACCCUGUGUGCUAUUGUAAAGGCAGUAGGAAACCCUGUGUGAUAUUGUAAAGGCAGUAGGAAACCCUGUGUGCUAUUGUAAAGGCAGUAGGAAACCCUGUGUGCUAUUGUAAAGGCAGUAGGAAACCCUGUGUGCUAUUGUAAAGGCAGUAGGAAACCCUGUGUGCUAUUGUAAAGGCAGUAGAGAUACUAUCACGUAUGCAAAUCAAACAGAACAAUAUUAAUUAAUUGAAUGUGUGUAAACCAUUGGAGUUGAUUUUAUUGUGAAAUAUGUUUUUGUUGUACUGCCGAUAACAAACCCUGCCAUAUCAAGACUUCCUUGAGACAAGGGGAUCAUUGAGGAAGAGGCAUUGGCUCAAGAUGGAUGCCUCAAAACUGAGCCAAUGUUAGGUAGGCAAGAAGGACCUGGGUCAAAUGCUGUCUGUAAGAAUCCUUGCUUUUGUAUAUCCAUUAUUUUGCCCUCUUCCUUUAUAGCAAUUAACAAACAAGACAUGAGACUUUCUGAUGAGGAGAUACAUUCUCUCAUUUAUCAGUGCUUGUAUUGUUGUCACAUUUUGACAUGUAUGGCCUUUACAAAAAAUAAUAAAAAAAUAUCAGGAAUUUAAAUAUC